AUGGCCUCUUCUGCUCCAUCAGCAGAAGCUGCGGGCUCUUCUGCCGGACCCUCUGCUUCACCCCAGAACAUCGCUCCCGCCGCCUCGGCGAAGAAACCGCGCAAGCCGAGAGAGCCCAAGGCGCCCAAACCGGCAUCCUCGGCCCAGGCCGCCGAUCAGGAUGCCAAGCCGCUCCACCGGCCCGUCAUGGUGUGUCGCCGCUGCAGGACCAAGAAGAUCAAAUGCGACCUCGGCUUCCCGUCCUGUGGCCCAUGCCUCAAGGCCAACGAGAGCUGUGUCGGCCUCGAUCCGGCCACGGGCAGGGAGGUCAGCAGAAGCUACAUCGCCGAGCUAGAGGACCGCGUUGACCAACUUCAGAAAGAGCUCGAGGCGAUACGAGGCUCGCAGCAGCCGCAGCCGCAGCCGCAUCAGCAACACCAUAGCGGCGCCAUCCCCGACCCCUUGUGUGCGCCUCAUUCCUAUGCAGGUGCCGGCGCGACGCCAGGACAGCCUGCUGGAUCGAGCGAGGCAGCCGCCAAGAGGCACCUCGCAGAGGACCGCCACGACGCCACUGAACGCCCUGCGAAGCGGCUGGCUCAGCAUGUCGAGGUUGCUGCCGGCAGCGGCAGAGGCGUGUAUCACCACCCUCUCGGCCCGCAGCGGCUAACGCUCGGUGCCAACGGCGUCGAGAGCCUGCCCGCCAAAGCGCUGCGACCAUCGCUGCGCCAGCUCAACUCGUACGCCAGCGGCCUCUCUCCAGCGCGGCUGCUCUGCCAAGCCAUUCAGCAGUCUGCCUCUGCGGGCCUGCGCUUCCGAGACCCCAAGGCGGGCGGCGAAAAGAAGGUGAGCGCGACCAAGACCCGCGGGCCUGCGGUCCCGGGUCCCCCAGAAGGAUCGGCCGCGGCCGACAUCGAAGGCGCCGUCAAGCGCGAGGAGGACGGUAGCGACACUCGCGGCCGGCCCGAGACGCGCGACUCCGCAGGUGGCGGUGAGACGCAGGCCGAACCUGCCCUGGAUGCCAAGUCCGGCUCGGCGACCCCGUCCGAGGGCCACAGCAAGAAGCAGUCGCCCUUCGACGACGCCGAGGCGAUGCAGUAUGCCGAGGCCACCGAGACGUCCGACAUCACGGUGCCGGCACCUGAGCAGCUCUCGAAGCCGUCGCCGCCCCCGGCCCCCUUCCCACCUGUGCCCGUGGCCCGCAGGCUGGUCGACGCCUACUUCGAGCGCGUCAACCCGCAGUGGCCGCUGCUCGAUCGCAGCACUUUUAUGCCGAGGUUCGAAGCGGCUUGUCGAGAGGGCCUCAGCCGGGCACGGGCCAAGGCCGAGUCGCACGCGCAGGCCGAUGGCAGUGCGUCUGCCAGCUUCCACGAGGACGAGGUCGAGAUCGACCUGCAGCCCGCCGACGGCCACCUCUUCCACCUUGUCCUCGCCAUCGCCGCGGCCAUGGGCUGGACGCAGGCGCGCUUCUCGGCCGAGCGUCACCACGAGGCGGCCAUGCUCUACCUCGACCCGCGCCGGGCGAGCAGUGGCCAGCACGGCGUCGGCGCCAUCAUGGGCCGCGACUCGCUCGAGCAGCUCCAGUGCCUGCUGCUGACGGCCCUCUACUCGAUGAUGCGCUCGACGCGGCCGGGGAUCUGGUACACGCUCGGCGUGGCGCUCCGCCUCACCACGGGUCUGGGCCUGUACAGCGAGAAUUCCGGUCUGCUGAAGGGCGGGCCCUCUGCGGAGGACGGCGCUCCCGAGAGCAUCGCCAACAAGAAGCGACGACUCUUCUGGUGCGCCUACAGCAUCGAUCGCUCGGUCGGCGUCCACCUCGGGCGUCCGUUCGGCAUCGCCGACACCGACAUCAAAGUCGGCCUGCCUUGGACGCCGGCGGACGAUGAGUAUGCCGAGGGCCAGCACGGCAAAGACGCUCCUCCGACCGGCGAUGACGCAGACGCGGUGGACGACGGCGUGAGCGCUGCCGGCUUUGAUGAGCGCGCGAGCGACACCUCGACCGAGAGGCUGAGGAAGGAGGCCGCCUCGACGCUGGCGGCACUCGGCGAGAGCCGGGCCAGCUCGCCAUCAUCUGCGAUGACUGCACCGGCGACGAUGACGGGACCAGGCGACGUCGCGGCCUCGAGGCAGGCUCCGCCGUCGUCGAGUCGACCUGGCAGCGGGAGCCGGUGGGUGUCGCUCGCCUUCUUCCGCCUCCGCAUCCUGCAGUCCGAGAUCCAGGGCCUGCUCUUCUCCAAUGCCGAGCUCCCACGGAGGUUUGCGUCCUUCGAGCACUGGAAGGUCGACAUGCUGGAUCGCCUGGCCGACUGGCGCGCCUUUGCACCUUCGUCGAGGGACGAGCUGGCCCGCGCCGGCUGCGGCUACAACCCCAUCUUUCUCGAGCUCAACUUCCGGCAGACUCUGCUGAUGAUCUACGGCAUGAGCCCGCGCUUCCCGACGCCGAACCGCUCGGACCUGGCGCACGUCGAGGACUGCAGCCGCGUCAUCCUCGACAUCUACGCCGUGCUGGCCAAGGAGGGCCAGCUCAACUACGCCUGGAUGACGGGCCACAACAUCUUCAUCAGCUGCACCAGCUACCUCUACGCAAUCUGGCAGAUCAGCGCGAGCUACCCGGCCUCGCUGCACUCUUCGUUGCUGCGGGACCACCCGACCAAGGUGGCCGAGAUCGAGCACUACGGCCGCGCCUGCGACGACGUGCUGGCAUCACUGCAGUGGUACACGGCCGAAAAGUGCCGCAAGUGCCUGCGGACCAUGUUUGCGGCUACGGCGGGGCUGGUCGAGAAGCUCGACAAGAUGGUGGCCAGGGGCCCCGCGACAGUCUCGCUCGGCGACCCGUCCCGACAGGCGCCGCAAGCUCAGCCGCGACAGCCGGCACAGCAGCAAGGGCAGCAACAGCAGCAGACACAGCGUCUCCUGCCGCAACCUCCGGCAGCGCAUCAGCCGUCCGCCGCCGCCAGCCCGUCAUCGGCCUUGAUGAGCGGACCAAAGGACAAGUGGUGGGACCCUGCGCGCGAUGCUCCGACUGGAUGGGAGAGCGCCAGGACGAGCGAUCUGCGGUCGGAGCGGCAGCCAGUUGGCCGUACCGACAGCCCAGGCCUCUCUGCCCGGUCGCUGUACACGCAGGAUGCACCAUCGCGCCUGCAGCCCUCGGGCAAGACGCCACGAGGUACGCUCGCCAUGCUACCGCCGGUGCCGACCUGGCCGGGCGCCCAUGGCCCGGGCUCCAACGUCACCCCGCUUGGCGGCCGCGGCGGUCCGCCGGUCAUCGGAGGGCACACUUCGGGCAGCUUUUCGCCGUCGUCGCGGAUGACCCCGUUGCCGCCAGGGGAUCCACGUUCUCGGUCUCGAUCUGGUAGCCGCAGCUCGGUCUACUAUUCGGCCGACGGUGCCUCGAUGGCGACGAGCCCGCACGCCAUCGCGAGUGGUGCACAUCCAGACGCCCGGAUGCCGUGGAGAACGGCCAGCCCUCGAUUCCCACCAAUCGACGGCCCUGCCCGACACCUCUCGUUUGGAUCGCCGUAUGGGUCGGGUGCCUCGCCAAUGGCCGGCUCGCCUUACGCUAUCGGCGACACUCGGGCCGGUGGACACAGCGCUGGCUCUGGUGCUGAUACGUUGUCCACCGCCGCCGCGUACCCUGGGCAGCCGCAACAGGCUGGGAGCACGCCCAGCAACGGGCUCGAGUUUGAUGCCAUCGCUGGCGUCAAUGGCUCUCCCGGUGCGCUGCUAAGGCAGACGCUCGGCGCGAGCCCGGGCAGGAUCUCUGCGCAUUCGUCGUCUGCGGCCGACAGCCCAAACCAGAUUGACUUUUCGUCGCUCAUGGCCGACUCGGCCAUGGAGCUGGACCAGCUCUUCCGCGACGCAGGGCUGUCGAUCAACUUUGACGGCGGAUUCGGCUCGGCCGAUGGCGGCGCGGCCGGCCUGCCCGCAAACGGCGAUCAGAGCCAGCAGGGCGGCCUCGGGUUCGCUGACAUGCGACCGGCCGGGGCUAGCAGCACGUAUCUCGACGCUGGGGACGGGACCAUCGGCAUGCAUCACCAUGGCAGCGGCGGCGGUCUAGAGGGCUUAGGACGAGGUUACGAACACGGUGGCGGCAUGGACGGCGGCCCGGGGCCCGGCUCGACGACAGGCGCAAGCUGGUUCGGCAACGGUGCGAGCUUGGGCGGCGGCGGUGGCGGUAUGCUGGCCAACUCGGACGACGGGCUGGAGAACGACUAUGACUGGGAGGCGAUGGGAUUCGGGUUCCGCAUGUCCCAAGCUCCCGCCGUCAUCGGCCCUGAUCCGCUGGGCUUCGGUUUCGGCGGCGGCGGCGGCGCAGGUGGUGGCAGUGGCGGUGCUGCGGCAGGCCCGACAGGCUUUGUCUGA